AGCAUACCGCGGAGGAGAGGAUGUCUCUUCCGCGACAUUUCCGAUUCUCCUAUCUUGCGGAUGAUUCCAACCGCCUAGUGCCCUAUCUCCGGCCAAUUUCAUCUGUUUUAAACGCAUCGAUGGCCAUUCUUAGCUGGCGAAGGAUUGGCACCUUGUUUGGCUUCGUUCAUAUUCAUACUCUCGGACAUCAACACUUGUGACAGCACCAACAUGAUACCAAGACAACUGGAGAAAGGCAGCAUAGAAGACAGUGUUUUUCCAGAGACCGAAAUCGUUGACUGGGAUGGGGAUGACGACCCCACCAACCCUCGCAACUGGCCAGGGUCUAAGAGGUGGGCGCAUGUGGUCAUCAUCUCUAUCUUGGCUCUUAUCACGAACAUGGCACCCACAAUGUGUGCCCCGGGGAUCAAGGAAAUCGAAGCCGACUUGAAUAUCGCUUCCAAUGUUGCCAGUACCCUCGCUGUCACACUGUAUGUCCUGGGUAUUGCCAUUGGACCCAUGUUCAUCUCACCCCUCAGCGAAAUCUACGGACGUGUGCCCAUUUACCACGGAGCAAAUGUCAUGUUUGUGGCCUUUAUCCUUGGCAAUGCGCUCAGCCGGAGCCUAGCGCAGUUUCUCGUCUUUCGUUUCCUCUCCGGCUGCGCUGGCGGUACCCCGAUGGCUCUUGGCGGAAGGACGAUUGCGGACAUUACGACCAUCCAAAAGCGAGCCGCGGCAAUGGCUUUAUUUAGUAUGGGGCCUCUGGCGGGACCAGUUCUCGGCCCAGUGAUUGGGGGCUUUGUCGCGGCAGGCCCAGGCUGGCGUUGGACGUUCUGGCUGCUAGCUAUUCUAGGAGGAGUCGCCGGAGUCACGGCACUAAUGGUCAUGCGCGAAACACAUCCCAAGGUCAUUUUGGAGCGCAAAGCUGCCCGUCUGCGUGCUACUACUGGCAAACUGCAUUUACGUUCCAAGCAUGCGAAUACUUCACUCUUACCAAGUCAGGUCCUCGUUCGAGUUCUAAUCUGGCCGACUAUGCUUCUUUUUCAAUCGCCUAUCCUACUCGUCAUAUCCCUCUACGUGGCAUUGGUGUUUGGAGUGAUGUUCCUGCUUUUUACAACAUUUCCUAGCGUGUUCGAGGGCCAAUACGGCUUCAGCACGUCCAUAUCCGGACUCGUCUACCUAGGCCUAGGUGUUGCAUUGGUCGCUAGCAUGUUCCUCUUCAACGUGCUGAAUGGGCGGGUCCAAGCGGCACGCAUGAAAGCUGAUGGGGUGCAACAGGCUCGACCAGAAUACCGACUGCUCCUAAUGAUUUGGUUCAGUCCUUUUGUCGGGCUUGGCUUGAUCAUCUACGGCUGGACGGCAUACUACAAGGUUCAUUGGAUCGUGCCUAUCAUUGGCACAGUCUUCAUGGGGUUUGGGGCUUUUUUCGUGAUUAUGCCCGCGCAACUGUACCUAGUCGAUGUUUUUGGGUCCCAGGCGGCUGCCUCCGCUCUGGGCGCCAAUAAUCUUCUACGCUACGUUUCGAGUACCUUCUUGCCACUCGCGGGGGCCCCCAUUUACCAUAGCCUGAAUUAUGGGUGGGGGAAUACAUUGCUGGGGCUACUUGCGCUUGCAUUCGUUCCAGGGCCGCUUCUGUUCUAUCGGUAUGGCGAGCGCCUACGCGCCAAGUCUUCUGUGAAGCUGGGGGGGUCAAGUUGAAAGGAUCUGGAAUAUCCUGUCUACUCAACAACGCGUUCAUCUUGGUUCCAUGGUACACGAUCGCGCUUGGGUGGUCGCCAUAGACAAAGGGCCUUACCUACCCUGGACUAAAUAAGGCUGAAUCAUUUAGAUGCCACUCAACUAGGACCUCGGUGAGGGGUACUUGAAGGGGUGGCUAUAUUAGGUAUCUUGGAGCGAGAUACGGCAUAUGGCUCCUGCAUAUCUGCACCGUUAGCCAUGCCGGG